CUUUGUUUUUUAUGAUAUGAAUGAGACAGGUAUACUAUGGAAAAAAAGUCAAGAGACCACAGUGAGUUUAGCUCGAGGCUACUGCUACCGGUCAACAGUCAACACAAAUCUUUUGCUAUUUCUUUUCCGGCGACGGCCAUGGACGAUGCGGCGGCGGUCGCAUCCGACAAGCGGAGGCGGGAAGAGCCUCCGGCGACGGGGACGGGGGCGGCUUCUGCAUCCGAGAAGCGGAGGCGGGACGAGCCGGAACCUCAAGAGCCGCCGGCGAGCAUGGAUGGCAGCGAGGAUGCGGGCCUCGACCUCAUCAGCGAGCUCCCCGUCGAUCUCCGGGGCGUCAUGCUCUCCCGCCUCCCCAGCACCAAGGGCGCCGCGCGGACAGCCAUUCUCUCCUCCCGGUGGCGCGACACCUGGCGGUCCACCCCGCUCGACCUCGCCGUCGACGACGACCUCGCCGGGCAAGAGCGCAACCGCACCACCGCCGUCUCCGAGAUCCUCGCCGCGCACCGCGGCCCCAUCCGCCGCCUCACCCUCGAAACCAUACGCCUCGGCCGCAACCGCUACGCCAAAUUCGACGGCUGGUUCCGAUCCCCCGUCCUCGAUGGCCUCGAGGAGCUCCAGUUCUACGGCAACGGCAAUCCGCCGGGCCUGCUGCCGCUGCGCCCGCUGCCCCUGCCGCCAUCCGCGCUCCGCUUCGCUCCCAGGCUGCGCGCCGCCAGCAUCGGCGGCUGCGAUCUGCCCCCACAUUAAUGCCGCCUUCCCCGUGCUGAAGCGGCUCAAGCUCUAUGAUGUCUGCAUCUCGGAGGAGGCCCUCCACCGGCUGCUCGCCGGCUGCAUUGUGCUUGAGGCCCUUGAGCUUAGCAGGAUCCACGGCUUCAGCAGCGUCCAGAUCGUCUCGCCCACUCUCCGGAGUAUCAGUGUCUCUCUAGUUCGGCCUUUUAUGGAGUCCUACUACUUGGAAGCACAACCAGCGCUUCAGGAGCUUGUCAUCGAGGAUGCACCUUGCCAAGAUUGAUGCAAGUUGGUCCACUGGGUCCAAGCCAAAUCAAGAUCAACUCAGCGCCGAAACUGACAGUGUUGGGCUACCUGUUUGGCAAUAUAAUCAAAUGUUCGUUGCCAGGAAUUUUUGCUACUAAGGGUAUGAUCCCCAUCCCGUUCACCGGGUCGGUGCAUACAGUGAAGAUUUUGGUUCUGGAAUCCGUCGGCCCCAAUCUGGAUGCAAUUGUCCGAUGUCUUAGAUGCUUUCCCUGUCUGGAGAAGCUGUACAUCCAGAUGAAAUCUAUGCCUGGAACGCGGCGGGAGUUCUUGGCGAUCAUCCCAUACAAAACGCAGCCGUGGAGUGGAAUGAAUCAGGGCACCGAGGCUUGAGGAAUAAAUCUGAGUCAGGAGGAGAGGAUGGACAUGAAGACGGUGGACCAGGUGGCCGGUGAGCGCCACGGCGGCAUCGAGACGACCAUGGUCCGCACGAUGACCGAAGGCCUGCUAGUGGCGCACCUGUUAUGGUCAAUAUCGUUUUGCCAAAUUACAAUAUCUACAAUCAAACUCCUCAACAUUAUGGUCAAUAGGUGCCACUAGUGCACGUGUUGAACUACGGUAACUACCAUGGAGAU